UGGUCCAUUUAUUUAUUGACCCAUCCUUCGUCGUUGAUAAGCCGGUUAAAGAUUACAACCUUACAACAUAUUGCCGUUUGUUUGGAGCUCUUCCGAUUUGUAAAUAAUGUUUGUGUAAUUCUCCGCGACGACGGACAUGUUGACAGCCAUGCGGGCAGUCGGGGGGUUGUUUUUCUGUGCGUGCUUCGUUCAAAUCAAUUCCAUAUUCGAUCCUCACGCGUUGGAACCGGAACCUCGUCCGUACACUAGAGGAAUAAGGACGUACAAUGGAAAAGUCCAGACAGUCCCGCUAUAUCACCAGAACUACAGCAAAGUGUUCGUGCAUAACAAAAACUACACUUCGAGCUUAUUGGACCAUCCACCUUCUGGCUCCGUCAAGCUCUAUCCGGUGUAUAACGCGUCUAAAAUUGCCUCAAAACUCGACGAGGUCUUGGAGGAACAUAAUUCGAACAUCGUCGAGAAGGACAAGCUCAACGAGAGGGUGGUGUAUAAAAGGAGGAUCGAGAAAACCAAACAGAUCGAGGUCUACAACAAGUGCCCCAAAGGUACGACCGGCCAAUUCGUCUACGACCUUUCGUGCAACCAAUACUUGGAUUGCUGGCAAGGCAGAGGAGGACCGAGAACCUGCGCCCCCGGCACCCUGUUCAACCCGAAAACUCUAGAGUGCGAUUUUCCCGACAAAGUCGAGUGCAUCACGGGUCCCGAAAGGAGCGUCGUGCAGAGGUCCGCGAAAAUCCAAGUGGAGCAACAGCCCGGAUGUCCCGAAGGAUUUACCGGACUCAUUCCCAACUACACCGACUGCUCCAAGUUCGUUCAAUGCAAUAACGGCCAGUCGGUCUCUAGCGAGUGCCCGCCUGGCACCUUUUUCGAUGUAACGCAAAACAUUUGUAACUUUCCGGACCAUUGCGUCUGUUUCUCCAAUAGACCACCACCACGAUAUGGUCCUAGCAAAACUGAUUCAACUCAGGUAUCGAGUAAUCCCCAGGCCACGAGAACUGAUGCAGGAUGUGAUCCGAGCACCGGUCUUUGCCAGGGUCGAUAUUACCAGCCAACAUACGACCGAGGUUAUGAGGGUGGAUACCAACAGGCAUCAGGCAUCCAAGCCAACGCCAUGCGCGUGGUGGGAGCCUCUAGUGAUGGGCGAUGGGUGUACUACUACCCCCAAAAUGUAGGAGGCCAUCCAGCUCAACCAACACCUACGCAACUCAAUACUGAUUCGUCCCAGCUGAGAUACGUCAUAUGCGAUCCCAACACUGAAGACUGUUCUCCAUUUUAUGCUGCCAAUGUGGUUUUGAUCGGUACUUGCGACCCUCAGAUCCAAAAUUGCGGCACCAGUGCCACAACGAGAUACGGAACGUUGCAAGCGAACCCGCAACAGAUCUGCAACCCCCAGUUUCAGAAUUGCAGGCAAUUUAUCAACAGUUUUCGACCUGGUCGCGGUCCAACGCAGACGUCAUAUUUCCAACCGGCUACUAAUUAUAAUAGCAUCUGCAAUAUUAACGAUAAAAAUUGCAACAAGGCCGCUCCGUCUGCUAUUGGAGCUCAAAGUCAAACUCCUGGUCAGCAUCAAGGCCAACCCGCUACCCCCUACCGAAAUCAACCUGGUGUUCAAUACCAAGCUCGGCCAGGUAUCUAUUAUCAAGGACAACCUAGCACCCAAAGCUCAGGUGUUUACUAUCAAGGGCAACCUAGUACCCAAUAUCAAACGCAGCCCGGUAGUCGUUUUAGUACUCAGCACCAAGGUCAACCCGGUACCCACUCUCACGCCUACGCCGGAAGACAAGGUGCGAAGCCCAAAUGUCCUGCCGGCUUCCAAGGUAUCACCAAACACCCGACAGAUUGCAAACGAUUUUUAAACUGCGCCAAUGGGAUAACUUACGUACAAGCCUGCGGUCCCGGCACACUUUUUAAUGCGUUGCACAAUAUUUGCGAUCAUCCCGAGAACGUUGACUGUGAGGAAAGCGCUACCGAAGAUACGGAUGUACCUACGGAACCACCGUACGCUGGAGGGGACGCGUAUCAGCAAAUCUAUCCACAGAAUCGGCAACAACCUGUCGAUUGCCAGGGUUAUAAUUGUCCAGGACACAAUCAGAAACCUCAACAGACUGUUUACAACCAAGGCCAGCCCUACGAAGGUCAGGAUCGGUGGAUAACUGGACAAGUUCCAUUCCCCGCGCAGGGAAGAGGUAAUCAAAAUGGUUGUCAAGGUAACCAGUGCAGCGGCACUCCAGGGCAGCAAAUUCCCGGUCAGCAUCAAUUUAUUGGUUACGGAAAUUCCCAGACGAACCCUCCCAUUCAGCCGUACGAAGGUCAAGGUCAGUGGAUAGCUGGAGGAGGUAACCAAGGUGAUUGCCAAGGCAAUCGGUGCAGAGAGGCACAAGGACAGCUAAUUCCUGAUCAGCACCAACUCACUGGUUACGCAAGUUUCCAGACGACUCCCCCUCCUCAGCAUGGAGUAUCCGGACAGAUCCCGGUUUACGUCCAAGAAGUUCCUACCAACAAUGUGGGCUACCAAGUGGUUCGACCGAUCAAUAAACAUGAUCGACUGACAUUCGAAGGCUUCUCCAAUCAGAAAUCUUCCGAUUACGUCGACAUAUUUGACCCCAACGAAAGUCGGAACGUAGUCUCAGCAGGAACCACUUUGAAAUCAAUAGGGAACGCCCGCAAUCACCCUGUCCCCGAUUCGGAUACUGAUUACGUUUUUGAGUACGAAGAUGGCGAAAGGGUGACGUUGGCACCCGAGAAAGUGGUCAUUGGGAAACGGAAGAAGUCUAAGUGCGAGAAGGGUGAUUUUAAAUGCGGUUCAAAAGCUUGUGUCACCAAGAGCUUGGUGUGCGACGGCAUCAAGGACUGCGACGAUGGCAAAGACGAAAGAGGCUGCGACGGAUACCUUAACCAAUUCAAGGCCCGGAAGAACUCCAGGCUGAGCGUUUUGGAGAAGCAACGCUGGGACAACGUGAGUCAAGCGACUUGCGCGUUCUUGUGCUUGGAGACGGACAAGUUUGAAUGCAAAUCGUUUAAUUACAGGAAAACGGACAGGGCGUGUUUCCUAACCGAGGAGAACAUUGGCAAAACCGGAGCGUUGAAAAGCUACUAUCCCUGUGACUACCACGAACGGAAAAGCACUUCCGUCGAUUGCUCGGAUAUGCACAAAUGUCCCACGGGAAAAUGCCUGACGUCCGACCAGGUCUGCGACGGUUACGACGAUUGCGGCGACAGGGCGGACGAGAAAAACUGCAGGCCGUCCGAUUUCGGAUACGAGGUAACUCUGGCCGGUUCCGACGAAAGUUACGAAGGUCGGGUCGAAGUGACCGUGUUCGGCAAGACUGGAUACAUCUGCGACGACCAAUUUAAUUUGAGCGACGCUCACGUGGUAUGCCGCGAGUUGGGUUUCAAUUUGGGCGCGGCCGAAGUCAAAGGCAAUUCGUUUUUCGCUAAAGAUUUGCGCGAGAGCAACACGCCCUACAUGAUGGACGACAUCGCGUGUUUGGGCAACGAGACGAGUCUGAUGCAGUGCGACUUCGCAGGGUGGGGUAUCCAUAAUUGCGGCGAUUACGAGAUCGCGGGCGUCGUGUGCAAAACGCCGCAGGAAAAGUGCGGGGACGGUUUUUGGAAAUGCGACACGGGCAACGAGUGCGUGAGGAUACCGUUCGUGUGCGACGGCCUUUACGAUUGCACGGACAAUUCGGACGAAGCCGCUCACCAUUGCGAAUCUGAGACCAAAGUACGUCUAAUGAACGGAACGACCCCCAAAGAAGGACGACUGGAAAUUAGACACCACGGCAUCUGGGGAACGGUAUGCGACGAUGACUUCAAUGAGGACGCCGCGAAGAUAGUCUGCAAAUAUUUGGGAUUCUCCGGCUCAGCUUUGGUGAAGAAAGACGCUCAAUACGGAUCAGGAGACGGUCCCAUUUGGCUCGACCAGGUGUCUUGUUUCGGAAACGAGACCAGCCUGGAACAGUGCACCCACUGGGAUUGGGGUGAGCACAAUUGCGAUCAUACGGAAGACGUUGGUGUCGUUUGCGGAGUGUUCAACGAGGUCGAACUCCAAAGGAAUUCGAAGGCGAUAGGAAAUGAUAGACCGGUGGUUCAAUCUAUCGAACCCGUAGAAUGCGGGUUGAGGAAAGAUAAUAUAUUCCUUCGGGGGGAUGAUGUUCACUUCCGUGUGGUGCAGGGAUCAGUGGCGAAGCCUGGAGAGUACCCCUGGCAGGCGGCGUUAAAGGUAAAAGGGAAAGAUAAGAGCGCGCAUUGGUGUGGAGCGGUUGUCUUAGCCUCCAAAUGGGUGCUCACGGCCGCCCAUUGCCUCGAGGGAUACUCAAAAGGGGCGUAUAUAGUCGUGGCCGGAGAGUAUGACACCGACGAAGACGAAGGUACGGAACAGCAGGCUUACAUCGACGAAUACUACCUCCAUGAGAAUUUCCGCAAAGGUCAUAAAAUGGGCAACGACAUCGCCCUCAUCAAACUCAAAGGCUCGGGCUUUCGACUGAACCAAGACAUCCAACCGAUAUGUCUGCCCGACGAGGAUGCCGAUUACGACGCGCCCUUGAACUGCACGAUUUCCGGAUUUGGUACCAUCCAAACCGGAAAAUCGGCGUAUUCCCAUAACUUGAGAGCCGCCUGGAUACCCGUACAGAAACUAGACAUCUGUAAGAUGGCGCACAUCUACGGAGAAGCGAUAGGAGAUGGUAUGAUCUGCGCGGGUGACUUGAAUGGCGGCGUGGACGCGUGCGACGGCGAUAGCGGCGGUCCGCUUGCCUGUCUGGAUGGUGGGGUGUUUACGCUGUACGGUGUGACGUCUUGGGGCCAGAGGUGCGGCUACGCGAACAAGCCGGGGGUCUACGUCAAGGUGUCGUAUUAUAGGCGGUGGAUCGAGGACACCAUGAGCCGCGUAACUAGGGAAGGGGAGACUGGCGGAGUUUUGGAGGGGGAGUCUGUCACCGUAGAGGUAGCCAAGCCCUACGUCAGCGUCUUCCAAAAUUCGGAUAUCCACAAAUGGAAAGAAAAUCGAUGUUUGACCAAUGCGACUCUAAAACAAAAGCAAAUGCAAGACUACACCGACGCGUCAUCGACUACCACGCACAAUCCUCCAGCUCCCGUUAGAGUAGUCGCCUACAAAGAAUGUCCCAGUAACCAAACCGGUCACUUUGCGUACGCCCUCUUCUGCAACCAAUACCUGGAUUGUUGGCAGGGCAGAGGCGGGCCCAAGAACUGCGAGCCAGGUGCUCUAUUCAACCCCAAAACUUCCCAAUGCGAUACUCCCAGGAAGGUCGAGUGCCUCGAGAACUUUGUAGAUCUACAGGAGCUUAUCACCACGAAUACUGCUACCUCUACUACUUUAGAGUCAUCGAUAGUACCAACAAGCACGACGAUAUCAACUCCAACGACGACGAUAGAAACCGCUCCAGUUUGGCCCUGUCCCGAUGGCUUCUACGGUCUCGUACCAUACUGCGAAGACUGCUCCAAGUACCUCCACUGCAGCCGGGACAUGGCUGGGUUUGCGUAUUGCCCACACGGAACGAUUUUCAGCUACAAGAGGAACGUGUGUGCUGCACACGAGAGCGAAUGUUUCGUCAAUCAGCCGACGAGUGUCAAGAGAAGAUUGUUCUGCUACCGAGAGCAGCAGCAAUCGCCCACUUCAACUACUCAGAGACCAAGAGCGCCACGCAACGACGGGUACAAGAUUUUAAUAUCAAACGUCGGUGGCAGCUUGCUUCGAUACAUACGGUCUUAUGUUCCAACUCGUCUCGUUUCCAAAAGGUCAGCGCAAUUUGUCCAGUGUCCGGCUGACUUUAACGGUAUCACCAAACACCCGUUCGAGUGCAACAAGUUCCUCCAUUGCGGUCCGGGGGUGAGUGUGGUGAAAGAAUGCGGAGCUGGUACCGUGUUCAACCCCGCCAUCAGCGUCUGCGACUACCCGUAUAACGUCAACUGCGAUGAAACGGAAGUGGUGCACGUGGAUCCUCCGAUCACCAUCACCACAACGUUUUUGAUGCCCACUGCGCCCUCCGCGCCGGUGAUCCGAGAACUUGAACACCCGGAACAGCCCCUUUAUCGUGUAGAUGACGUACCCAUGUUGGAACGAAAGCAACAAAGCCCAGCGGUAAUCGAUGCACCGGUUCUCCCAGAAUGCACCACCGAACAGUUCAAAUGCGGCAACGGAGUAUGCGUGUCGAAGCGCAAAGUGUGUGACGGAUAUAAGAACUGCAUUUCGGGCGAGGACGAAACAGACUGUUCCAAAUACGUGAACGAGUACGAUAUCCAUUCCAAAUCGGAACUGAGGGUUGGAGAAAAAGAGAAAUUAGCUAAUAUUGGGUACCGGACCUGCGCCUAUUUGUGCUCCGAGAGUCGCAAAUUUAUCUGCAAAGGUUUCAACUGGAGCGGAGCCACUUGUCGCCUGUUGGACCAAAAUCUAGGCUCCAGCGGAGCCAAAGUGGUGAAGGAAGACGUAUUUUACUUCGAGAGGCGGAGUACGUCUGAGACAUGCGGAUCGAACCUCAAAUGCAACAACGGAAAGUGUCUAAAAGACGCGAAAAGCAUCUGCGAUGGAGUGGAUGACUGCGGGGAUAGAUCAGACGAGAAGCACUGCAAACCAGCAGAUUAUGGCUAUAAAAUUAAGCUGGCAGGCUCCCCGAAUCCCCACGAAGGACGUCUCGAAGUGACAGCUUUUGGUCAGACUGCGCUUGUUUGCGAUGACCUCUUCAACUUAAAUGCUGCUAAUGUGGUCUGUAGAGAAAUGGGUUACCCCUUGGGUGCUUCAGAAGUGAAAGGUAACUCGUACUUCGUCGACGAUAUCAAGGGCCAAAAGGUAUUCUUCUGGUUGGACGACAUCGAGUGUCAAGGAAACGAAUCCAGCCUUAUCAAUUGCGAUUAUCCUGGGUGGGGCAAGACGGACUGUGAUAGAACCGAGAUAGCAGGUGUUGUCUGCAAAACGUCAGUCAAUAACUGUCCAGAAAACUCGUGGAGGUGCGAUACCGAGGACAAAUGCCUAAAGCUUGAACUUUUAUGCGACAAGGUCAAAGAUUGUGACGAUGGAUCCGACGAAGCACCCCAGCACUGCAACGCCUCGACCCAAAUUCGUCUGACGAACGGCAAAGGACCUCACGAAGGCAGGGUGGAGGUUACUCACCUGGGUAUCUGGGGCACUGUCUGCGACGACGACUUCAACGAGGUCGCAGCCCGGCUGGUAUGCAGAAAGCUAGGAUACCAAGGGUCGAUAGAAAUAAAAGGUGAAGGUUACUUUGGAGCAGGUAGCGGACCCAUUUGGUUGGACCAGGUAGACUGUUUGGGGAGCGAAAAAAAUCUCGAAGAUUGCACGUUCACAGCAUGGGGUCAGCACAAUUGUAACCAUUACGAAGAUGUCGGCGUGAUUUGCAGUAACAAUACGAACUUCGCACCAAGCUCGCCAAAAACUAAUGAAAACUCGUCUCUCGAGCCGGACAGUUGCGGUCAUAGGGGGGACAACAUCUUCGGUGAUGACUUAGAUGGCCCUCAUGUUAGGCUCGCAGGUGGUUCGUUGGCUAGGCAAGGCGAGUAUCCUUGGCAGGCUACGUUGCGGGUGAACAGGAGGAAAAACACGCCGUUACAGUGCGGCGCGGUCAUCAUAUCCUCCAAGUGGGUGUUGACUGCCGCACACUGCAUCAAAGACUAUACCAAAGACUCGUUCUUGGUGGUGGCCGGCGAUUACAACUCUGACGAAGCAGAAGGCACAGAGCAAUACGCAUUCAUCGAAGACUCGUAUGCUCACGAAGAAUACGGAAGGGGUGCCGUCAACGAUAUAGCGCUGAUUAAACUGAAGCAUAAAGGUCUGAAGCUGAACGGGGUAGUACAACCGAUUUGCCUGCCGGACGUCAACGCCAAUUACGAAAACGAUUUGUACUGCGUAGUGUCUGGAUUCGGAUCUUCAAAAAGUUCUAGCCAAGAACCAUCCGUCCGAAUGAAGCAGGGUUGGGUACCGAUACAAAAGAGACACGUAUGCGAGGGCAUCUACAACGACUUGUUACACGAGGGGAUGAUUUGCGCUGGGGAUCUUAACGGCACUGUAGAUGCUUGCUCGGGUGACAGUGGCGGACCAUUGGCGUGUGUCGAGAACGGAGUUUUCACUUUGUUUGGGAUCGUUUCGUGGGGCCACGGUUGCGGGAGGGCCAACAAGCCUGGCGUUUACGUCAAGGUGGCCCAUUAUAGAAAAUGGAUCGAUAACGUUAUUUUGAUUCACUCGUGAUGGUACUGGAUCAGUGCGUUCCUACAGAAAAGGCUGUGAAAAUUAUAAAAGAUAUUCAAUUAUAGGGUUAAGGUUAAGUUAAGGGCGACCAAUUUUUAUUUGUUUGAAGCUUGAUAAAUGUUAAAUUAAGGUUCAAUAAACAAUAUGCAAGCAAAGGCU